AUGUCUAGGUAUUCAGGCUCCUCACCUGGAAGCGCCACGCUUGGCUCAUCUGUCUUGGGACUGCUUCCCGGAGAACUAACGGGACUUAGCACGGGGGACGUUUGGAGAUCUGGAGGGAUAUAUCCGUCGGUUUCAAACACGAAAACUGCCUCCCCGCCAUCUCCCAACUUCAUGGGCAGGUCGGUGAUCUCGCCGUUGACUAUAAAGUCCACCUUCUUUUGCGAAGGUCUCAACAGUUGGAAUUUGCCAAAUCGCACAUGGAAGGGCGAGCACGCCAGCUCUCCGUCCGGCUGCUCGACCACGAUCACAUCGAUGGCGCCAGACAACGUGGCUGGGUUGAUGGAGCUCCAUGUUUUGGAGACAGACCCAAUUGCUCGUCCAACGUUCUUGGAAACGAAUCUUUGGUCGGACUUCCAGGCCUUCAUGAAAGAUUCGCUCAAUUUGAAGGCCUUCAAGUUAAGAAGUCCAUCCAUGGAUUUCAAGGCGUCGAAAACAAGAACUAUCACAGGAGUCGAGUCUCUGUUCUCCUCGACGUUGUGGUUUUGCAAAUUAAUGAUUGACUCAAUCAAAGACUGGCUCACAAACUUGCCUCCGUUGGUGGUCAAAAACCAACCCAAAAUCUUGACGCCGGAGUUGGUGAUGUUGAGUUUGGCAAGCACAUCGCUCUGGUAUUUGGAAUUGGACGUUUUCAGGUUGAAAAUCUCGUCAUUUGUGUAG